AGGAUCUCUUCCUGAAGGUCGAGGGAGGUACUUCUCAAGGCCCCCACAGACAAUACUCUGGGUAUUAUUAACGGAAACCACUAAGAAUAGAGAGCAGGGGAGCAAGGUGGCUCCUCUGGCGGUCACGUUGUUUGGGUUAAACAAGCCAAAACGGAACAUCUUCUUAAGAAGAGUGACUUCUCGAGCUUUCAUGCUGGGUGUGGCAAUUUAGAGGGCUUUAUCUGGCUCUGAUGUACAGCAGAGGAAAGGGAGAUUAGUUGUGGAUUGCUCUUGGCUGUUUAUGUAUGGAGGACUUGUGCUUUACAAUUAGAAUCUAUAAACCAUGAUCCCCAUCACUGAGCUGCGGUACUUUGUGGACACACAGCCAGCAUACCGCAUCCUGAAACCUUGGUGGGAUGUCUUCACCGACUAUAUCUCCAUUGUCAUGCUCAUGAUUUCUGUUUUUGGGGGAACACUGCAGGUCACCCAGGACAAGAUGAUCUGCUUGCCCUGCAAAUGGGUGGUCAAUGAAACCUGCAAGAGGAACUUCAAUUCAAGCAUCACAUCAUCAGUGCCCAAAGGGAUCCAGUAUGAUUUGGACCGCCACCAGUACAAUUAUGUUGACGCUGUCUGCUAUGAAAAUACAUUGCACUGGUUUGCCAAGUAUUUCCCCUACCUAGUAUUACUCCACACCCUUAUUUUUCUAGCUUGCAGCAACUUUUGGUUCAAGUUUCCACGGACUAGCUCCAAACUAGAACACUUUGUAUCUAUCUUGCUAAAAUGCUUCGAUUCUCCAUGGACAACAAGGGCACUAUCAGAGACAGUGGUUGAAGAAAGUGACCCAAAACCAAUGAAAAUGAAUGGCUCGAUGGACCACAAAGAAUCUGUAAUAAGUGAGGAUGUUGAAGCAAGUGUUCCUAUGCUUCAAAGGACAAAAUCACGCUUUGAGCAGGGCAUUGUAGAUAGAACGGAAACAGGAGUUUUGGACAAGAAGGAGGGUGAACAGGCAAAAGCUCUGUUUGAAAAAGUGAAGAAGUUCCGCAUACACGUGGAAGAAGGAGACAUUGUGUACAGACUGUACAUACGCCAGACUAUUAUCAAAGUCAUCAAGUUUAUUUUGAUAAUCUGCUACACAGGGUAUUAUGUGCAUGAUAUUCAAUUUAGUGUUGACUGUUCUGUAAAUAUAGAGAGCCUGACUGGUUACAGCGUGUACCGUUGUGCUCACCCGCUCGCUACACUUUUUAAAAUCUUAGCAUGUUUCUACAUUAGUUUAGUGGUGGUGUAUGGUUUGAUCUGCAUGUACACGCUUUGCUGGAUGCUUCGGCGCUCCCUAAAGAAGUACUCCUUUGAGUCAAUCCGGGAAGAGAGCAGCUACAGUGACAUACCUGAUGUGAAGAAUGACUUUGCAUUCAUGUUGCACAUGAUCGAUCAGUAUGAUCCUCUGUACUCAAAACGCUUUGCCGUGUUCCUCUCAGAAGUAAGCGAAAAUAAGCUGAGGCAACUCAACCUCAACAACGAGUGGACACUGGACAAACUCAGGCAGAGGAUAACUAAGAAUUCUCAGGAGAAGUUGGAGUUGCACCUUUUCAUGCUUAGUGGCAUUCCAGAUACAGUGUUCGAUCUGAUGGAGUUGGAGGUUCUUAAACUGGAGCUAAUCCCAGAUGUGACCAUUCCCCCAAUCAUUGCUCAGCUGGUUAACCUGCGAGAGAUGUGGCUUUAUCACACCCCAGCCAAAAUAGAAGCUCCAGCUUUGGCUUUUUUGCGUGAAAAUUUAAAGUCUCUGCAUAUCAAGUUCACCGACAUCAAAGAAAUCCCCUUAUGGAUCUACAGUUUGAAGAAUCUCAGUGAGCUUCAUCUGACAGGGAAUCUCAGUGCUGAGAACAACCCUUACAUUGUCAUUGAUGGGCUCCGUGAGCUCAAGAGACUCAAAGUGCUUCGUCUGAAGAGCAAUCUCACCAAGCUACCUCAAGUGGUCACUGAUGUGGGCAUGCACCUCCAGAAGUUGUCCAUCAAUAAUGAAGGAACCAAGCUCAUGGUGCUCAAUAGUCUAAAAAAGAUGGUAAAUCUGACAGAACUAGAGCUUAUUCGCUGUGAUCUUGAACGCAUACCACACUCAAUCUUCAGUUUACACAACUUGCAAGAGAUUGACCUGAAGGAUAACAACCUGAAAACCAUUGAGGAGAUCAUCAGCUUCCAGCAUCUUCAUCGGUUGGUCUGCCUUAAGCUCUGGUACAACCAGAUUGCCUACAUUCCUAUUCAGAUUGGCACCCUGAACAACCUGGAGAAGCUGUACCUGAACAGAAACAAGAUUGAGAAGAUCCCCAGUCAGCUGUUCUAUUGCCGCAAGCUGCGCAUCUUGGAUUUGAGCCAUAACAACCUAACCUAUAUCCCAACAGAUAUUGGCUUCCUCCAAAAUCUUCAAUACCUGGCAGUGACAGCCAAUAGGAUUGAGAACCUGCCUAAUGAACUGUUCCAGUGCAAGAAGCUUCGCACUUUGAACUUGGGAAACAAUUGCCUGCAGUCUCUACCAUCACGAUUUGGAGAGUUGACUGCAUUGACACAACUAGAGCUUAGAGGAAAUCGCCUAGAGUGUCUGCCGGUGGAACUUGGAGAGUGCCGACAGCUGAAGAGAACUGGUCUUGUGGUGGAAGAGGACUUGUUCAACACACUGCCCACAGAGGUCAAGGAGCAGUUGUGGAAAGCGGACAAAGAACAAGUUUAAAAAACAGGUUUGCUUCUGCAAGUACAGAUACUGAUCUACUGGCUCUGGACCUACAAGUUGGUCCCAGAGGCUUGCCAUAACAGGCAGUAUUCCUGCUGCAUUGUGCCGUUUCUAAGUUUGGGCAUCAAGAACCAGUGCCAGGUAGAACCAAAAUCCUGGCAGUUUCUGGCUGUCUUCUUAGUCUAUUUGAUUUAUUAAUUCCUUCACAAAAAACUUCUCAGGCCUUUACAUUAUAAUUCAGUAAUGAUGCUUUUUUUAGCAAUAAUAUAGUUUGAAUCUUGUGUUUACAUUUUUAUGCCUCUCGAUUAUGGUAUAGAAGACAGCGUAUGCCACUGAUCAAUACUAAAAAAAUAAGGUUUAAUACAUUAAAAUAUUUUGUCAGGUGUUCCGGUUUGAAGGCACAAUGAGAUGGCAAAAUUACUUCCAAGACAUCUUUAUUUCUGUAUAUAGACGAUAAUCACUUGUUUUGAGUUACAAAGACACUAUUAAGAGUGAUAUGAUAGUAUGACUUAACUAAACAGUAAUAACUAUAGAUGAGUGGAAUAUGAUUAUACUGAGAGCCUUGUACCUAAAGGUGGUUUACAAAGUGGGAAGAAGAAGGCCAUUGAGGACACUGUUAGUAUUGUAGCGCUAAAGGGCUUUUUGUUGGUUGGUUGGCUGAUCAUCUUUUGAUACUAGAAUGGACAAUUUGGCAGAAUGUAGGGUUCGGUUCCCUCUUUCUAUGGAAAGAUGUGUGUUUGACCUAGUGCUAAAGGAAAAGCAAUUAUUCUGCUGCAUAUCACUUAUUGCACUAGCAUUAAAAUGGCAUUAGUGAAGCUUAUCAGAAUACCCAAACCUUACUGCUAGUAUAUCUUUAAUGGAAAAUAACAUUUUCACAAAAAAAAGUAUAUGAUAUGUUUGCAAUAACUUGCACAUAACAAAAUAAAAUGCGGGGGAAUGCUUAAAGAUUUUGAAUGAGAUGAGUCAUGUCUGCCUCACAGGAAUUCAGAUUAAGUUUAUACAGAAUGACAGUGGUGAAAUUCAAAUGGAGCCUGAAAGUAUUUGUAAUAUGUCUGUCAAACGUAGAGGCUUAAAUGAGAUUGGGGCUUCUUUUUUUUUUUGUAACAGAUGUAAAAAGAAUCACUGGUGAUAAGCAAUGAUAGCUCAAUAGCUACAAAUAAGAAAGACCAGACAUGUCAUCAUGUCUUUAAAUGUAUUUUUUAAGCACCUAGCCUCAUGUUCAUUUUAGUUUGUUACUAUACUCAAAUUCUGUUACUUUAUUAUUACUGGACUGCAUUAGUGUGCAAUGUUCAGUGAAGAAGCUGCUCACCUAUGUGUGAGAAAACACACAUCCUAAAUGUUAAAUGUUGGAAAUGUUACAUAUUACUCACUGAGGUGAGGAUAAAAGUCUCUUUUACUGUUUUCUGCUGAUAUUAAAAAGCUAGUAGUAAAGAAAUUUGAAAUUUUACUGCUACAGAAUCAACCUGCAUUCCAAUUAAAUGAAAAGAAAAUGAAGUAAAUCUUACAAGUUGAUCAGAUUAGUUGCCUUAUUUUCUCCUCUCGUUGUCAUGCAUUGAUUGUUAUAUUUCUGUUGUCUGGUCAGAUGAAAAUUGUUAGUUUUUCAAAGUGCACCAUAAUAGUAAGCCCCAGAUAGUGAUGGAGCUUUUGUUGUCAUAGUUUCCUUAAUUUAAGCUGUCCGGUAAAACUUCUACAAGGCUGUACCUAGCUGUUGAGUUUAGAUUUUGGUUACUGAAGAUGCACAAAGUGUAGUUUAUUAUUAAUGUUUUAUUAUUAUUUAUUUAUUUGAUUUGAUUUUUUUUUUUUUUUUAAAGCUCAUCUGUCCAAAAGACCAUUGAGCUUAUGCCAGGCAUCCAUGGUGCAUUGUUCAUUCACAAGACAGUAUUAGUCACAAUAUAAUCAAGCUUGCACACACAAUAACCCAAUGAAUCAUCAUCUAAAUUAUGCUCAAGAUCAAGGUCAUUUGUUGUUUUAUGGGCAAUAACCUCUGAGUUGUGAUGGAUCGGGUGUCAGAUAAGCUACUUUGUCAUUGACGUUCUGGGUUUUGGGGAAGGGUUUUAUUUGUUUGUUUUUAUACCCGUCUUUGUUUUAGUACCAAAUGUAAGAAAAAGAAAAGAUAUGUUUUUUUGUUUUGUUUUUUAAAUCAAUAAUCAGACUUAAUUGGAAGUAACCAGUGCAUUCUUUUUCUCAAAAUAUGAACUUUAUUUCUCACAGUUAAAAGCAUAUUUAACCUUCACUAGUUUUUAAUUAAGAGAGAGAGAUUUUUAGGUAAAGGUUUACUUGUUUUUGCUCAAUUGAGAGUGACUGUUCUGUAUUUUUGUUUUGACACAGUGACCAAGACAAAGCUAAAAAUUUGGAAUUUGUUAUUGAUCCACAGUUCUGAUGCAGCACAACACACAACAGGAAUUCUUGUAUUUACCCCAAGAAAAAUACAAUUCCUGUUCUAAUAAAGAUUGACUGAAGCAAUAUACAUAAUAGAAAACAUUUCAGCUAUGCGCAUCUAUAACCGUGACAUGUUUGACUAUGCUAUGUUGUGCAGUAUUACAUUUAUUUAAGCUGUAUUGUUAGUAACGAUAUAGAUUUCUAAUGUGCAUUUGUAUUCAUUUUGUCACAUUGGUUUUACUAAAGACAUGGUGAGAUUUUCACAUUAAGUAGAUUAGAGAUCGUUGUGCUUAAAGGAUGCUUUUGCACUAUAGCACUUCUCUCAGAACUUACUUUUAGGUGUUGCAAACAAUAGUGUACAAGUUAUUGUAUGCACAUAGAAAAACCUGUUUUGGGCAUUUUCCAGUGUGGGAAGGUUUACCUGAAUGACUGCCAGCCACGAGAUUAAAUUUAAGUUUACGCUUUUACAUAGAAAUAUUAAAAAGGAAAAAAAGAGAUGAAUUUUGGUCUUUAGUGGAGCAUUUUGAAUGAUACCCACAAACACAUUAGCAAUACACCUAUUUAGUAAGACAAUCGACUAUUCCAUUUAAAAGAGACAUCAUGUCAUCACCUCUGAGUGAUUUGUUGCAAUCAGUACUGUAAAUAAGUGGUCAGUGCAUAGUGUAGUAACAUUAAAUAAACAUGUUUUUGUCUUAGUCACUGUUAAUCUUUCCUUUUUUCAUUUUUAUUAUUAGACUAAUUUUAUUAUUUUAAUUUUGAUAUCUGUUAGGAUUAUUGUAGAACUAAAUUUCUCAGGAAAGCAGCCAGUACUCACUUUUUUUUUAGUUGAUUGCCUAUUAUUAUUAUUAUUAUUAUUAUUAUUAUUAUUAUUAUUAUUAUUAUUAUUACGGUAUUAUUUUUUUAUUAUUAUUUCUGUUAAUAAUUUAAACGGUUGUGAUAACAUUUUUAUAUCAAAUUUCUAUACAUUAUUUUUUAGUUUUGUGUAUUUAAUAUUAACUGCUGAAUUGAAACUAAGUGUAUCUGUAUUUUCAAGGAGAAACCACUUUAUUUGACCUUGCUUGUGUUUUUGUCAAACAUCUCAUGUCUGAAUUGUCUUUAUUGUGAGCAAUAGAUAAAGCCCAAGUAGUUUGUCUGAUUAAUGGGACUUCUUUACCCUUUGGUUUCUGUUUUCUAUUUUUAAUUUGUCUUUUUUCCUCUUAAAAUGUUUAAUUUGGGUACAAAAUAAUUUUGCAUCUUUCUCUGUUUCUCUCAGACGUGUUAUCUUGACACACUUGGUUUUGUGCAGUUUUGUUUUGUUUUUUGCCAAAGGAACAUCAUCAAUGCAUCAGUACUGACGUUGAGUGUGUUUGAACAUGUUUCUCUUCAUUUCUUGUACACCACUGACUCCAGUAAAA